GCCAUGCGACCAAGCAUAGUAACACUAUGCCUGCGCAAGUCUUCACUCGUCCAAAGAGGAAACUAAGGCCAUGUGGCCAGUCGACGUACGUUCAAUGUUUGAAUUUCAAUCAUAGGCCCGCCACGUAGCUCGUUCCCAUCGGUUCACUGGGAAAACUCCCUACAGAUAAAUAGCCGCAUGUUGACUUGCGGGACAACCUUACACCGACAUCGGGUCUUAACACGCACCGCAAUGAGGUUCUCAGUUAUCUUCACCUUGGCAACAGCAGCAGCCUCAGUUUCUGCUGCGCCUGGCACCAAACUUACUCCUCGUACCUACAAAUACGUGUGCUGUGCAUACCUCGAUUCUCCCUCCAAUCCCAUUAUCCAGAACUUGAUGGAUAUAUACGACAUUAGUGCAGCCAACGAUGACAUCCUUGGGUUCGGGUGCCGCAAGCUCAUGAAGGGGGGUACAUGUUCAUCUUCCACGAAACUGGGAUGGUGCGACUUGGAUUCUUAUUUUAGACCUCACAUUUAUACGUCGUGCGAGAUCGCAUGAAUGAGACGAUGGACCUGGAUUCAGGGAAGAGUAGACUAGCCGGAGAGUUCUUCAAUUUUGGAUGGGUCCAGUGGAUGGCCGCGAUGACAUCCUGAAAUGUAUUGGCUGGC